AUGGAAGAAGUAGGAGAUACCACCCUAAAAGUAAAAGGGAAACAACCAGAGUUAAUGUUAAAGCUACUAACAUACACGGACUUAGCAAAAAUAACAGAUAAUUUUAGUGAGGACAACUACAUUGGGGAUUUUCAGUUUGGCAAACUUUAUCGUGGUUUUCUUGAUAAGCAGCACUUCACAGUAAAGAUAUGGAUUACGUCUAAACUAAGAGACAUUGUCCUGGGAUUUCGUGAACGCAAUCUAAUGGAUGAACUCAUCAUGCUUUCUCAUCAGAGGCUUGUGCAUCCAUGCAUUGUCGGCUUGUAUGGAUACUGUCGUGACAAAGAGAAUAUUGCUGUUGUUUAUAACCUUAAAUCCAUGGAUUCACUCGAGAACAUCUUACUGAAAGAUGAUUUUACAUGGCUACAAAGGAUGAAGGUUGCCUUUGACUUGGCCUGCCUCCUCGCGUUUUUACAUGCCAAACGAGGAGACCUCGAUCCAUUUGUGAUUCGCAAUCUGUCACCAGAACAUGUGAUAUUGGAUGAGGAAUACAACCUGAAGUUGGUUGAUUUCAGCAUGAUUACAGGUGGAUUUUUCCCAGAUAGACAAGUAUAUUCUAUUCAACCAGCUAAUGGAUGCGACGGUUACUGUGAUCCAUACUUAUUUCAUGUUAACCCAUUAGCUCAUCUAGCAACCUGGACAAGUAAGAGUGAUGUGUUUGCAUUUGGUCUUAUUCUUGUAAGUCUCUUGUCAAAAGGAGCAAUUAUGGAGGAAAUAGAACUUAGUGAUAGUGAUGUGACUCAUUCUUUAUCCGAAUGGGCAUACCGUAAAUAUAAGUUUGACAAAUCAGUCAUUCACAAGAGCUUGGAAAGAGAUAUAGGAUUCUCUUAUGUUGACGGAGAAGCCCUUUCAAAGUUGGCUGUGUGUUGUGUUUCUAAAGGUCGACCAAGUAUGAUGAAAGUUGUCGACCGUUUUCUAAAGCUGCAUGUAUUCAAUGAUCAUAAACACAAGGAACUUCUAAGUGUGGACAGAUAUAUGAAGAAGAAGAAACGCCACCCUUCAGUCUCUCUUGAUCAUAUGAGGAAAAACAAACUCCUGCUCAAUACGGAAAUAGAUUAUUUCAGCUGUGAUGAUGACAAGGAUAUAGAAAGAAUGGAUUCUGACGCAUUGAAAAGAUACACUAACAAUUUCAGUGAAGAUAAUUAUAUUGGAAGGUUUCAAUUUGGCAAAAUAUUCCGUGGAUUGCCCGAGAUUUCUGAUAAAGGGCCUCUAUUCGUCACAGUGAAGAUAUGGGAUGAUUAUGAAGAUCUGCAACAUAAUUUACUCAGAUUGGGGGAUGAAAUAUUACUUCUUCAUCAUGAAAAGUACACUUGUCAUUCUGGGAUGGUUAGGAUGUAUGGUUAUUGCAUUGAAGACAAAUAUGUUGCUAUUGUAAUUUUCUUAAAGCCCAUGAAUUCCAUCCGUAAUCUCCUGCCUAGAGGUGAUUUUUCAUGGCUACAUAGGAUAAAAGCUGCUUGGGGAGUGGCUUCCCUCUUGAAGUUUCUACAUGAUGAUGUAUCGCGUCUCAUGGAUCCUUUCAUUAUUCGUAAUUUGGAUUCAGCUCAUAUAUUAUUAGAUGAGGAAUACAAUCCAAAGUUGGUUGAUUUCGGCUUGAUAUCGGGUGGAAUUUUUCCAAAUCGGCCAAUGUAUACGGUUAAAUCAAACUUGAAAUGUCAUGAUCAAGUGUUGCCAGCUUAUGACAUAAGUGGCAGUUGGACUACAAAGAGCGACGUGUAUUCUUUUGGGGUGCUUCUUCUAUGUUUGAUUUCUAAAAGAAAUAUAGUGAAGCCCGAUGAUGGAGGGUUGCCUACUUCAGAAGACAUGGAGAAUAUACAUGUGCACAAGAGUUUGCAGACAGAUUCAACAUAUAAUUGUUUGGAUGGGCAAGAAAUUAAGAGACUGGCUGUGCAAUGUGUGCAAAUUAAUCCAGCUUGUAGGCCUUCUAUGUCUGAAAUUGUAGAUGCGUUGCAGAAUCUAAAAGUGGUAAAGAGCAACACAGAAUUUGUCGGCCUAGAUAAGAUUUCUAGGGUGAACUAUGCUACUAAUUAUUCCAAUAUGCCUAAAUCACAUUGGAUGACUAAUUAA